AUGUGUUCCGCGGACUUGUUCCUCGGCCUUCUAGCCAUCCUAUUCCCCCCUCUGCCGGUCUGGGUCAAAACCGGUCUCUGCUCUGCCGACUCUAUCAUUAACAUCCUACUAUGUCUACUAGGCUACCUCCCCGGCACCAUACACGCCUGGUACAUAAUCUCCAAGUUCCCCGAGUCGUACGAGUACGAAGCCGUGCCGCAGGACAGCGAGAGCGCCCGAGUCACCUACAUCUUCGUGCAGGAGCCUCAACCCCAAGCCCGUCCCCAGGCCCAUCCCAAGUCCGCCUCUAACUCGCAGCCCAACUACGGUGCUACCGACAACAGUAGCAACCACCACAACAACAACGCCUCUUCUUCGUCUGCUGGUCCCUCCGACGUCCACGACGACGAGGGCCACGCCCCGCCUACCUACGCCGAGGCCGUCAAGGGCGACCAUAAGAUCCAGACCCACGACUAG